AUGCCCGGGCUGCGCCCCGGGGCUGCGCCCCCCAGCCGCGGCCACCCCGGCCCGCGCUCCAAGCUGCAGGCCCUCUUCGCCCACUCGCUCUACCAAGUCCCGGAGGAGCCGCCUCUCCUGGGUCCCGAAGACUGGCUCCUGGCCAGCCAGGAGGCGCUGCGGUAUUACCGGAGGAAGGUGGCCCGCUGGAACAGACGGCACAAGAUAUACAAAGAACAGUUCAACCUUACCUCCUGGGAUCCCCCGCUGCAGCUCCGGCCAGAGGCCAGCUGGAUCCAGUUCCACUUGGGGAUUAACAGCCAUGGGCUAUACUCUAGGUCCAGCCCUGUUGUCAGCAAGCUCCUCCAUGACAUGAGACACUUCCCUACGAUCAGCGCUGAUUACAGCCAGGAUGAAAAGGCCUUGCUGGGGGCCUGUGACUGCUCACAGAUUGUGAAACCCAGUGGGGUCCACCUGAAGCUAGUUCUGAGGUUCUCGGACUUUGGGAAGGCCAUGUUCAAACCCAUGAGACAGCAGCGAGAGGAGGAGACACCCGAGAACUUCUUCUAUUUCAUAGACUUUCAGAGACACAAUGCUGAGAUUGCGGCCUUCCACCUGGACAGGAUUCUAGACUUCCGACGGGUGCCGCCAACAGUGGGGAGGCUAGUGAAUGUCACCAAGGAAAUCCUAGAGGUCACCAAGAAUGAAAUCCUGCAGAGUGUUUUCUUUGUCUCUCCAGCUAACAACGUGUGCUUCUUCGCCAAGUGUCCGUACAUGUGCAAGACUGAGUAUGCUGUCUGCGGCAACCCACACCUGCUGGAGGGCUCCCUCUCCGCCUUCCUGCCAUCCCUCAACCUGGCCCCCAGACUGUCCGUGCCCAACCCCUGGAUACGUUCCUACACACUGUCAGGAAAAGAGGAGUGGGAGCUCAACCCCCUCUACUGUGACACAGUAAAGCAGAUCUACCCGUACAACAGCAGCAACCGGCUUCUCGGCAUCAUCGACAUGGCCAUCUUUGACUUCCUGAUCGGAAACAUGGACCGCCAUCAUUAUGAGAUGUUCACCAAGUUUGGGGAUGACGGGUACCUUAUUCAUCUUGAUAAUGCCAGAGGGUUCGGACGACAUUCCCAGGACGAAAUCUCCAUCCUCGCCCCUCUCUCACAGUGCUGCACGAUAAAAAAGAAAACACUUUUGCAUCUUCAGCUGCUGGCUCAGGCCGACUACAGACUCAGCGACGUGAUGCGGGAGUCACUCCUAGAAGACCAGCUUGCCCCUGUCCUCACAGAACCCCACCUCCUGGCCCUGGACCGAAGACUCCACAUCAUCCUUAAGACAGUAGAGGACUGCAUAGAAGCCCGUGGGGAACGGAGAGUCAUAGCUGAUGGCCCAGCACAACAGUCGGCUCCAGACUCUGGCCAGGCGAAUCUGACAAGUUAA